CCAUUGGCUGGGUAGAGGCUAGCAGGACAUUACGCUUUUUCCGGAAACUUACAAUGUUUGUGACAAAAAUGGCGUUAGCCUUUACCCACUGAGAGAUUCUGCGUUUAUUUCAGCUUUUAGCGUUAAAGAACAACGCCACUUAUGAUUUAUGAUAUUUCAUUCUAUUCCUGAAGAAAAUACUGAUGAUAAUGAAGCUCUUCUUUAUUGUACUCGGAGUAACGUUAGCUUGGUUUUUACGCGACCAUGGUCUGUCUGGUGUUUAUGCAGACAGUGUGUCGGUGCCGGUGACGGAGGGAGAUUCAGUCACUCUACACACUGAGUUUGAAAGAAAACACCAAGAGAGUAUUAAGUGGUAUUUCAGCAGCAUUCGCAUCGCUCAAAUCAGUACAGAUUUUGUCUGUAUAGAUGUUCAGUGUAAUGAAGUUAAUAAGACAUUCGGAGACAGACUGAAGCUGGAUCAUCAGACUGGAUCUCUGACCAUCACAAACAUCACAAACACAGAUUCUGGGGAAUAUAAACUAAGAAUCAGCAUCAGUGAAAAGAUCUUCAAUGUUUCCAUCACUGAUGUUCCUGCUACUAAACCAUAUGACAUAAAGGAGGGAGAAUCUGUUACGUUAGAUGCUGGUGUAAUAAAACACCCAAAUAAUGCAAUGACGUGGUAUUUUAAUGACACUCUCAUCGCUGAAAUCACUGGAGAUCAGAGUAAGAUCUGUACAGAUGAUCAGUGUAAUAAGAGAUUCAGAGACAGACUGAAACUGGAUCAUCAGACUGAAUCUCUGACCAUCACAAACACCAGAAUCACAGACUCUGGAGAUUAUAAACUCAAGAUCAACAUCAACAGCAGCACAUUCAGUAUCACCAGAGUGAAGAGAUUCAGUGUUUCUAUCACUGAUUCAGGUUUGUCUGCAGCUGCUGUAGCAGGAGUAGUUGUUGUUGCUGUUCUGCUGGUUGCUGCUGUAGCUGUUGGUGUGGUUUACCGUAACCGCAGGAGCCGUACAGUAUUAUAACAGAAUGAGGAAGAUGAUGAUAACUCGCCUGAUCCAAAAGACAUUUGUUUGAGGUAGAUGGGAUGUCCUGAAACUCUGUUCACUCACAAAGUGAUCCCAAGAUGUAUAAAUAUAUUUGAGAAAUAAUGUGAGCAACACUGUACUGGCAACAGAACAGUGAGUGCUUGAUGUGUAGUUAUGUGUAGUAUAGUUAUAGUUAUACUUUAUUGCCUUUUAAGCUUUGCCUAUUAUACUUUAUUCAUACAGAAACAGAACAGUGAAACAUCUGUUUCAUGUCUUUUCCACAACAAGAAGCAUUAAUGUGCUGAUAUUCUUCUAUUAGUCCUCACUGCACUUACACAAAAACUGCAUUAAGUGAAAAAGAAAACAACUUUAUCAGCUGAGAGUCAGAAGAUGCAAUCUUGACUGAAAGUGACCUGACACGCUCUGCUUAUUUAUUUUGCUAUUGUUUCUUAUUUAAACACUAACGCUUAAAUCAUCCACUUUCAACAGAAAACACUGGUUAACCAACUUUGAAUAACAGAUUUUUAUAUGAAUUGUUAGAUUUUGCUGUAUUUGGCUGAGCAGUGGUUUGGGUGGCUCGCCAUAUGUAUUGGAUUUCUCUAAUACAUAAAAUAAGUAAGUUUGACCAAAGUUCAGGGGAAAAGAGUUUAUUGAAGAAAGUCAUGUAACAUAACCAUCUUCUAGAUCUUAACCCGUGUAAGGGUUCGAAGCUUCUUCCUAGUUUCUUCCAAAGUUCUCCAUAGCUUCUGCGUAGCUUCUCUCAUAGGGAAAGUAAGACUGUCUGUAAGACAGAACUUUAUACCUAAAGACAAAUAAGAGAUCCUGCAAUCCUCCAGAGGUCUAGAAAAAGUUCCUGAGAAAUGGUGUUCCUUUGUUAUUCUAAAUGUAUGGACCAUUUGGUUCACACCUUUACAGAGACAGUUCCUGUUGAUUGCAUCUGGGGCACAGUCACAAUGUAAAUGCAUCUGUCUAAAAUUUACACAUAAUCUUUCAGUUCACUAGAGCUACAGCUUAAACCUAUGUGCAUUAAUUUAAAUUAUAGCUGCAAGCAGCAUUUAUCAAGGGUCAAGUGCCUUUAAAGCAAUGACUGAAAAAAAAAAGUAAUGUUUUCUUUAGCAAGCAACUACUUGCAUCAUUGAGAGAGGAAAAAAAAAACAUUUACAGCCAACACAGGCAGUUUACAAAGGAAAUGUAUGUGUUUUAGUGCUUUUUAACAUGUGAGAAAUGCCAAGGCACCCCCUGGUGGCAGGUGUUGUUUUUUUUUAUUUUUUUUUUUCUCUCCUCUCUCUAGGGGUGAGAUUUAAUUAAAUCUGCCUCCUUGUCUGACAGCUGCUCAAAACAUUGGAUGACGGCAGCUGUGGUUUCCAAUAUACACAAAAGUCCUCAAAGAUAGUCUUGGCACAUUGAACAAAAACACCACAUGACCCUUUUUUUUUUUUUUUUUUUUUUUUUGGAUGGUUAUAGCCAAUUUUUAUAUUUUUCCAUGUUAUAGUGCCACAAAGUGGUCAGUCACUGUGUCCUUUUUCAUGUGAACACAGAAUGAGCUACAUAUGUGUGCUGAGUUUGAAAAUAUCUCAACCUGGUCACAAGUUACAGACAUUUUAGUAAAAGUGGCUCCAAUCACUUUUAGGUUUUAGUGCCCCUUAGCGACCAAGAUUUAAAAUUACACCUUUUUAGAUUAUGAUUGACAGUUGGAUUCCACAGAAUCUUUCUGCAUGGGUGUUUGGUUUUGAUCAGGUGUGUGUAUAUAUAUGUAUAUGUCUAUGUCUAUAUCUAUAUCUAUAUCUAUAUUAAAAAAUGCAUACAUUUCCUUUGUAAGCUGCCUUUGUUGGCUGUAAAUGGUCUUUUCUAUCAAUGAUAUAGUUUAUAUAUAGUUUAUAUAUAUAUAUAUAUAUAUAUUUUUUUUUUUUUUUUUUUUUUUUUU